AUGUCCAAAGCUACAUACCAAGAACGUGCUGCUACACAUCCCAGUCCUGUCGCCGCCAAGCUAUUCAACAUUAUGCACGAAAAGCAAACAAAUUUGUGUGCCUCAUUGGAUGUUCGUACCACCAAAGAAUUAUUGGAGUUAGUAGAAGCAUUAGGCCCCAAAAUUUGCCUCUUAAAAACACAUGUGGAUAUCCUGACUGAUUUUUCGAUGGAGGGCACAGUUAAGCCGCUAAAGGAAUUGUCUGCCAAGCACAACUUUCUACUAUUUGAAGACAGAAAAUUUGCGGAUAUUGGUAAUACAGUUAAAUUACAGUACUCUGCAGGCGUUUAUAGAAUAGCAGAAUGGGCGGACAUCACUAAUGCACAUGGCGUUGUCGGCCCCGGUAUUGUUAGCGGAUUGAAACAGGCAGCAGAGGAAGUGACAAAAGAACCUAGGGGUCUUUUGAUGUUGGCAGAAUUGUCAUGCAAAGGUUCUCUAGCUACUGGAGAAUACACCAAAGGUACUGUGAACAUAGCAAAGAGUGACAAAGACUUUGUUAUUGGUUUCAUUGCCCAAAAAGACAUGGGAGGAAGAGAUGAAGGCUACGACUGGUUGAUCAUGACACCCGGUGUGGGUUUAGAUGACAAGGGUGACGCAUUGGGCCAACAAUAUAGAACUGUGGAUGAUGUGGUCUCUACUGGGUCUGACAUCAUUAUUGUCGGAAGAGGGCUCUUUGCUAAGGGAAGAGAUGCUAAAGUAGAAGGUGAGCGUUACAGGAAAGCAGGCUGGGAAGCGUAUUUGAGAAGGUGUGGCCAGCAGAAUUGA